GCCAAACGUACGCUGAAAGCCCAGAAGCUUCAGGAAGAGUUAGCAUCAGGAAAGCUGGGGCGAGUGGAAAGAGAUCACAACAGUGAAGAUGAAGAUGAAGAUAAAUAUGCAGAUGACAUUGAUAUGCCUGGGCAGAACUUUGACUCUAAAAGACGUAUCACGGUUCGAAAUUUACGUAUUCGGGAAGAUAUUGCAAAAUACUUGAGGAAUCUAGAUCCAAACUCUGCUUAUUAUGAUCCCAAAACAAGAGCAAUGAGGGAGAACCCGUAUGCCAACACAGGCAAGAAUCCAGAUGAGGUUGGUUAUGCAGGUGACAACUUUGUUCGCUACACUGGAGAUACCAUUUCAAUGGCACAGACUCAGCUGUUUGCUUGGGAGGCUUAUGACAAAGGCUCUGAAGUUCAUCUUCAAGCAGACCCUACAAAAUUAGAGCUGCUUUAUAAAUCCUUCAAAGUGAAAAAGGAAGAUUUCAAGGCAGAGCAAAAAGAAAGCAUCCUAGAGAAGUACGGAGGACAAGAACAUCUAGAUGCCCCGCCAGCUGAACUGCUGUUAGCUCAGACAGAAGAUUACGUGGAGUACUCCAGGCAUGGAACGGUCAUCAAAGGGCAAGAGAAAGCUAUUGCUUGCUCUAAAUAUGAAGAGGACGUGAAGAUCAACAACCACACAUGCAUCUGGGGUUCUUACUGGAAAGAAGGCAAGUGGGGCUACAAAUGCUGCCACUCAUUUGUAAAGUACUCGUACUGUACAGGAGAAGCUGGGAAAGAAAUUGCUAAUACUGAAGCAAGCUUACUGGAAGAGGAACCCAGGGAGGAAGAACACAUGACAAAACCCAAAACACUGAUGGAGAUCCACCAAGAGAAACAGAAAGAGAAGAAGAAGAAACAGCGCAAGAAGAGCUCAAAUUCAGAUAGUGAGGGUGAAGAGAAAAAGAAGCAAGAAAAACUUAAAAAGGCACUAAAUGCAGAAGAGGCUCGUCUUCUCCAUGUUAAAGAAAUCAUGCAGUUAGAUGAGAGGAAGAGACCAUACAACAGCAUAUACGAACCCAGGGAGCCAACAGAAGAGGAAAUGGAAGCCUACAGAAUGAAACGGCAGAGACCUGACGAUCCCAUGGCCUCUUUCCUUGGGCAGUAGUCAGGGGGAAAACCAUUCCAAUACACAAGACUUUCAUACUCGUUUACAGUUCUGUAGGCACCUGCUUACCUUCCACGUGUCUAGAAGUGCCAGAUAUAGCAGAGACCUGU